AUGGCAACAAAUCGUACUAUCAGGCCAGCCCUAAUUGUGGUGGACAUGCAAGAAGAUUUCUGCCCUCCACAUGGGUCACUCGCCGUGGCAGGAGGCCGUGGCAUUGCUUCGAUAAUCAACACUUUACUUGCAAAGCCAGGAUUUGUCGUGCGCAUCAUGACCCAAGACUACCAUCCAAAGGACCAUAUCUCAUUUGCCAGCAAUCAUCCAGGGCCUGAUAACCAGCCCUUCACUUCAUUCGUCACGAUGAAAAAUCCCGCUCCGGGAAAGGAAUCAGAAACAAAACCACAGCAACUCUGGCCCGUCCACUGUGUGGCUGGUACCCCCGGCGCAGAGAUUAUCCGAGAGGUUGAAACCUCUAGCGAACAUCUAGUUGUUCAGAAAGGCAUGCGCCCUGGAAUCGAGAUGUACUCGGUGUUUGCGGAUGCUUUUGGAAACUGUGAUCAUGGGACCAACGCACAUUCGGUCAGCCUAGAUGUUGCCGCGGUUCUCAAGGAUCAAGGCAUCACAGAUGUGUUUGUUGUGGGCUUGGCCGGGGAUUAUUGCGUUAAGGCUACGGCUCUUGAUGCUCUCAAGGUUGGAUUCAAAAGCUGGGUUAUCGAGGAAGGAACCAAGUGUGUCGUACCUGCUGAUUGGGAUGCCGUUAAGGAGGAGCUUGAGACUGCAGGAGUGUCUAUUAUCUCUAUGAAUGACCCUAUUGUCAGGGAUCUAUAA